GGAUACCUACCCAAUCCCGUGCGUAAAAGAUAUUUUGGAAAGAUACUUGGAUUUCCAGAAGUAGCUUUAUAAAUUGACCUGCAGCACAAACCGAUCGCGGACGGAAUCAAAUGCAGACUGAAGACAACUGAAGUGUGAAAGAUCGAUGAUCUCUGAUUGUCUUUUUACGCGUGAAAACCAAGAAGUUGUUCGCUGGAUGAGAACUUCGCACAGCCCCGCUUGACCUGCCACGGACGACCAGGAAUCGCCAAAGCCACAGGUCAAAGAGUUAUUUCUAUGUUUGAAUAGAUUCUAGCCAUGUGUGCAUUCAAUAGUUGGAGAUAAAGCUGCAGCACAAGUCUGGUGUGGUUGUACGGGGGAGUGUGUGUGUGUGCGCGCUCUCGCUCUGAAGCCUCACCGGACCACAGGAGGAGGAAAUCUGGGAGAGCAGGGGAAGAGAAGCGGCGUCUCCAAGGAUGACUUUAGGGACGGAUAUGUCCGAUAGCUCAGCACUGUCCGAAGAUGUGGACAUCGACGUGGUCGGGGGUGACAUAUCCGUCGGAAAAGACGGAAAGUACAUUCACCACGAGUUCAACUUGGACAAUGACUCCGACGAUAAUUACUCCCAGAACGCGGCCGAGAGGGUCUCCUCUCCCGGGCUCAGCAGCUCCGACUGUCCGUCAGAGCAGAUGGGGUCCAGCGCAGAGACUGGCACCGUAAUCGGGGACAAAGCCAGGAAAAGUGCACUUGUGAAACCACCCUACUCUUACAUCGCCCUCAUCACCAUGGCCAUCCUGCAGAGCCCCAAGAAACGCCUCACUCUCAGCGAGAUCUGCGAGUUCAUCAGUAACAGAUUCCCCUACUACCGGGAGAAGUUCCCUGCGUGGCAAAACUCUAUCCGCCACAACCUUUCCUUAAACGACUGCUUCGUGAAGAUCCCGCGGGAGCCUGGCAAUCCCGGGAAGGGCAACUACUGGACCCUCGACCCGGAUUCCGCAGACAUGUUCGACAACGGGAGCUUCUUGCGCAGGAGGAAGCGCUUCAAGAGGCACCAAACCAACGAAAUCCUCAGGGACUCCGGUGGUUUCCUACCCGGGUUUGGAUACGGCCCGUAUGGAUACAACUAUGGACUUCAGCUGCAGAGCUUCCACGCAGCUCACAACCCGUAUCACCCGCACCACACAGGUGGCUCUUUCCCGUUCCCCAACGCGCCCUGCACCUUGCCCUCGUCAGCCGCACUGUUCCCUCCGCCGCAUCCCCUGCCCUCGCUUUUGGGCGCUGAUUUAAGAAAACCCUUUUACCCCCAACUAAGCCCUUCUCUGGCGCCUCUCAAGACGGACUCCAGUACCCCGAGUCGGCCUUCGUUCUCCAUUGACAAUAUCAUUGGUGCAGCAAACUCCUCCGCUUCUUCCUACAGCGCACAGCCGGGCAGCCAGGCUCAGAUCCUGGCCAUGUUGACCCCAGCUCUGGCCUCUGCUUCCAGUCACUUGACCCUAUCACAGGACAGCAUAUUACAGCCUGGGCCACAGAGUGAGACUUUUCCCAGCAAAACCCCCAACAUGAACACUUGUCCUUUCUAAAAGGAAAAAAAAACAGACACAAAAACAACAAAAUGACCGUUGAAAACAUUUUAUUAGAAAGCCACUUGUGGCGCAGUCCCUUGUUAAGGUAGGCUGAACAUUCCUACUGAAUCAAGAGUGUUUUUUCCAAAUUUGCAAAAAAUGUUAAGAGAGGAGAGAAAGUUUUAUUUAUGUCUUGUAAAUAUAUGUAUUAUAUGGAGAGACAAAGGGAAGAGAAGGAGGGGGAUCUUUUUUCAAACAAUGCUGGGCCUGCAAUCUGCCAUGUGGCCUUCAUUUGUCAGUGGGAGGAGAAUAAAAAAGCGAUCCUGUUAUUUUAUAAGUUAAAGGUCUCCCCCGUGGUUAUAUGGGGAUGAUUCAAGAUUUAAAAAAAAUUAUAAUUGAGAAUUCUAUCAUGAUUUAUGUUAUUUUCUUUUUGUGCGUCGUGAGAAAAAUGGCACUGUUGUUGUUGACAUAUUUAGGCUGACAAGAGACGGCAAACUCAGGUUUUCUUAGAAAGCACAUGAAGAUAAAAGAGGGGAGGGAGGGUUUCUGACACAAUAACCAUUUCCCACCCACCCCUCUGAAUUUAUCUUCUACAUGGUGAAUUUGUGACAAUAUCAUUUCAUGUUGUUGGACACUUAGGCUGUGUGGUUUUUUUGGUAUAAAAAGGGCGCAUUACCUCUCUCAAA